AGAUAUGACAUGCUGAAUACUCAGUCUUUGGCUAGGUUUCAGUCAUUGUUGAAAGGGAUUUGAGAAAUAUUUUCCCCAAACUAAAUUUAUGUUUGAAUGGAAGUAGACUUAAACAAACCAUUUCAUUUUGCAAAGGCAUUGCUCCUCAAGCUUUCUUUAGGCUAUCUAUGCUCAGAUUAUUCAGAAACUGCACUUAUGGAGUUAUGGACCACCUUUCUUUGCUGAUUUAUGCAUCUCUGAAGUGCACUAUCAGUGAAUAGUUAAUGUAUUCUUUACAUAGUAAAACCAUUAUAUUAUGAAAUCAAUACUACAUGGCUUCUACAAAAUGUGUUAAACUAUGAGAGAGUCAGAGAGUUUUAUAACUCAUAUGGUAUAAUGGAACAUUUAUAAGCUCAAAUAAUUUUUAAGAUAUAUAUUUUUCGAUCUGUGCUGUACAAUUAUUAUUAUUGUUUUUAGUGUAAGUGCAGUGCUCAGUGUGACAGAAUGUAAAAUGUGUGUGUGGUUAUCUAAAGAUUUAUUUGUUUUUAGGUCUUUCAAGAAGAUGUUCUUUGUGAAGGGGGUCAAAACAGCACGAGUCACACAACAAAGGGUAAUUUAUAAGACAUUACGGGGAAAUGAGCUAAAGGACAAAAAAAGGACAGAAACGGCGCUAAAGGCCGGGGAGGACAGAGCCAUUCUGUUGGGUUUGGGAAUGGUGUUCAGCUCAGUCAUGAUGUACUUUGUGAUCUGUAUCACCAUGGUGCGUGCUUAUGCAGAAAGUGUAUUGACCGACGAGACCACCUGCACUGUGCUAAACUCCACACUAACAAAGGAUAUCAAUUGUUCAUACAACUGUGGCUCUGACUGCUGGCGGAGCUCUAAGUUCCCCUGUCUGCAGGUCUAUGUCAGCCUGAACGCCACCGGCCGCAUUGGGCUUCUUUCUCACAAUGAGGAGAUGCUGGACAUCAGCUCUGAGUGUUUUUAUGUGCCAAAAUGCCAGAAGGACCACACCGCCCUGCAUGUUAUGAUCCAGAAUAUUUCAGAGCAUCUGAGGAUGCACCAGCAGGUGACAUGUUACCAUGACUCCAACGAGCAUCAGGGCAGUAUCCUUCUGAACCGUCUGUAUGGCAGCAGCACGCUCUUCCACUCUCUCUUCUGGCCCUCCUGCAUGUUAUCUGGAGGAACCCUCAUCAUACUCAUGGUCAAGCUCACUCAAUACCUUUCCAUACUGUGUGAACAAAUUGGCAGAACUCCAAAGUGAAAGAGGCUCAGUGAUUGACAGACUUAGUGAUGUGAAAGGAGCAGCUUUCAUUUUUCCUUCGAAUGGUUUUCGGAUUCCUGCUGUUCAAGGAUUGACUGGAAAUUGGUAUGA